ACAUCCUCUUCUCGCCCAUGGGCACUUGUAACAGGCGCAUCAGAAGGUCUAGGUAGAGAAUUUGCACGACAAAUAGCACAACGUCAAACACACAACCUGAUCAUCACAGCACGCAGUGAAGCAAAGCUAGAAACACUGUCCAAAGAAUUAUCAUCGCUUGUAGAAGUAAAGAUUAUUCUUGCUGAUCUUUCGGUUAGUGGAGCAGCAAAAAAGUUGGAAGAGCAAACGAAAGAAUAUGAAGUUGCAAUCUUGAUCAAUAAUGCGGGCGUAGCUUUUGGUGGACAGUUUGAAGAUAUGGAAUCUAGUGAAAUUCAAACAUUACUAAACGUGAAUAUUGUCAAUAUGACAGAGUUGUUCUUCCUCUUCAUUCCUCGCAUCAAAAAGCUAAACGAAGAAUAUGCAGAAAAACAAAAAUCAUCAAAGCACGCAUUAGCUGGUAUCGUAAAUCUGUCUUCCGUUGCAGCAUAUAUGCCAAUUCCUUCUAUGGCAAUCUAUGCUGCCAGUAAAACUUACAUCCUAUCCCUAAGCGAGUCUGUCUAUCAAGAACAGCGUAAUGCAGGAAGUACACUAAGAGUGGUCACUUCAUGUCCCGGCUCCACAAAGACGGAAAUCUGGACAAAGGGAGGUGCAAAUGAGAAAAGUCUUCGAAUCCCAUUGGAUACACCUGAACAUGUAUGUCAAGCAACUCUUAAAGCUUUGGAUAAACCAGACAAGCCAAUCAUCAUUCCAGGUUAUUUCAAUAAUUUGAUGGCUUUCGGAAGCGUUCGUCUAACACCAAGAAGUUGGGUUCGUAUCAUCUCACGCAGAGCUAUGGGUCAAGAUCCUGCUCUACGUGAUGCAGAAGAAGUCAAAGCAGCAUUCGCAAAGCUAGGCAGAAAGGCACCAACAAAGUAAAUUUUAAACUUUUAUUGUUGUACAAGCAUUUCGAUUUACAGCAUGCGAUCAAAUACGUUACUAUGAUCUUUCCCCUCUUUCGCUUUCGUCUUCUUUGCCUUCCAUAUCCUGUACGCCACCCAAGCUAUCCCUAGGUAACAUCUCCAAUGCUUCUUCUUCGUCCCCUUCUUCUUCAUCUUCUUGCAAAUCUUCCAAUCUUCCGCCAUCCAAAGCAGACGUUCCCGCUCCUUUUGCUGUCCUUCUUAUUCUCCUCCUUCCAAAUAAUGCUGACCCAUCUCCUCCUCUGCCUGCUGUACCGGAUCCUAUUCCUCCGUUUUGUCUACCCAUACAACUUUGUAGUCCGCCAACGAGUUUGGCCAUACCUGGAAUGUGCGAUAUGCUUUCUCUGCCUGAUGUUUGCGUGGCAUAAUACAUAGGAAUACCAGCAGAAAUAAACAGCAAAGCGGCCAAAGCUUCUCCCGGGGCGGAAAAGAUUGGCAUACAAAGUAAGAAUAAAGC